UUCCCAUUGAGCAGUGCUUCUUCAUUUAGCUUACAAGAAGUAAAACGGAAUGUGUAUGACCUAACUAGUAUCCCUGUCCGUCACCAGUUAUGGGAAGGCUGGCCUCCUUCUGCCACAGAUGACUCAAUGACUCUAGCUGCAUCAGGACUGACUUUUCCUUGCCAUCGACUUACAGUUGGAAGAAGAUCUUCACCUGUACAAACGAGGGAACAGUCAGAGGAGCAAUGCACUGAUGUUCAUAUGGUUAGUGACAGUGACGGAGACGACUUUGAAGAUGCUACAGAGUUUGGAGUUGAUGAUGGAGAAAUGUUCGGAGUAGCAUCAUCUGCCUUGAGGAAAUCGCCAAUGAUGCCAGAAAAUGCUGAAAAUGAAGGAGAUGCCUUAUUACAAUUUACAGCAGAGUUUUCUUCAAGAUAUGGUGACUGCCAUCCAGUUUAUUUUAUUGGAUCAUUAGAGGCUGCUUUUCAAGAAGCCUUCUAUGGGAAAGCCAGAGAUAGAAAGCUUCUUGCUAUCUACCUCCACCAUGAUGAAAGUGUACUAACCAAUGUCUUCUGCUCACAAAUGCUCUGUGCUGAAUCUAUUGUCUCCUAUCUGAGUCAGAACUUCAUCACCUGGGCAUGGGACAUGACAAAGGAAGCAAACAGAGCAAGGUUUCUGACAAUGUGCACUAGACACUUCGGGAGUGUUGUAGCCCAAACAAUUCGAACUCAGAAGACAGACCAGUUUCCGCUUUUCCUUAUUAUUAUGGGAAAACGAUCGUCUAAUGAAGUAUUGAAUGUAAUACAAGGUAACACAACAGUGGAUGAACUAAUGAUGAGGUUGAUGGCUGCAAUGGAGAUCUUCAGUGCUCAGCAGCAGGAAGACAUAAAAGAUGAGGAUGAACGUGAAGCCAGAGAAAAUGUGAAGAGAGAGCAGGAUGAAGCGUACCGCAUAUCGCUGGAGGCUGACAGAGCGAAGAGGGAAGCACAAGAGAGAGAAAUGGCAGAGCAGUUUCGCUUGGAACAGAUUCGGAAAGAGCAGGAGGAAGAACGUGAGGCUAUCAGGCUCUCUCUUGAGCAAUCUUUGCCUCCCGAACCGAAAGAGGAGAGCACCGAGUCCGUCAGUAAACUGCGUAUUCGGACACCCAGCGGAGAAUUCUUUGAGCGACGUUUCCUGGCCAGCAGCAAGCUGCAGGUUGUCUUUGAUUUUGUAGCUUCCAAGGGAUAUCCUUGGGAGGAGUACAAGCUGCUGGGCACCUUUCCGAGAAGAGAUGUGACCCAGCUGGAUCCAAAUAAAUCAUUACUGGAGGUAAAACUGUAUCCUCAAGAAACCCUUUUCCUAGAGGCAAAAGAAUAG